UCCCCUCGGCGGGGCCGGCGCCGGUUUACGUAACGCCUCUCCGGGCAAAUUCCGGCUCGGUCCCGCCGCCUGACUCGGGACGGGUCGCCAGAGGCCCCGGCAGGUCCUGCUGGGGAUUUGCAUCUGGCUUCAAUGUGAAAUUAAGGUAGAAAAAUGCACAUAAACAUGUGUUUCCUGUUAAGAUUUAGUGUACUCAGUGGUUAUGCCUGAAGAGUGGGUCUUGUCUUUAGACUGAUAACUGCCAGGAAAUAUAAAUGAUUGUCCUAGAAGUCAAGCUUCUCUCCUCCUUAUUGGAGUGAAAAAUAUCCACCUCCAGGUUCCCACGGAAUAUCAUCUGCAGAAAAUGCAUCACAUUCUAAGGAUGACAGCCACCUAGAUUCAUGCACCCAAUCUAUACAGUUGUUGUGGAUGGUUUGCCAUCUGAAAGCUCCUCAAGCUCCUGUCUGGGCCCUGUACCUGUUUCAGAAAUGUCUCUGCUUCAUGCUUUGGGCCCAGUGCAGACCUGGCUGGGACAAGAGCUAGAAAAAUGUGGCAUCGAUGCCAUGAUUUAUACUCGCUAUGUCCUCAGUCUUCUGCUGCAUGAUAGUUAUGACUACGACCUGCAGGAACAGGAGAAUGACAUCUUCCUGGGCUGGGACAAAGGAGCUUACAAGAAAUGGGGAAAGAGUAAGAAAAAAUGCUCUGAUCUAACACUAGAAGAAAUGAAAAAACAGGCUGCUGUUCAGUGUCUUCGCUCUGCUUCUGAUGAAAGCUCUGGGAUUGAGACUUUAGUGGAAGAGCUCUGCUGUAGACUGAAGGAUCUCCAGAGUAAACAAGAAGAGAAGAUUCACAAGAAACUUGAGGGCUCUUUGCCCCCAGAGGUUGAUUUAUCUCCUGCAGCGAAGGACCAAGUGGAAAUGUACUAUGAAGCAUUUCCACCUCUUUCCAAGAAACCAGUCUGCCUGCAAGAAAUUAUGACUGUAUGGAAUAAAUCCAAAAUUUGUUCUUACUCCAGCUCCUCCUCUUCUUCUGCCGCCCCACCAACUAGCACGGAUACAUCUUCUCCCAAGGACUGCUUUAGCGAAAGUGAAGUAUCUAAAGAGAGAAACAGUAACAAAGUCCCUGUCGCCGCUGUACAUGAGAGAGCCUCCCAGAAAAAAGAUAAAGAUGAAAAAGAGAACAAGUUUGGAAGCAGCAGUGUUGAAGAGAAACCUGCUUUAUACAGAAAGCAAGUGCGACAUAAACCUGAGGGAAAGACACGUCCUCGAUCUUGGUCUUCUGGCUCCAGUGAAGGAGGUUCCAAUUCUAGCGGUAAUCAAGGUGAAUUAAAAGCAACCACCAAAUGUGUUAAAGUCAGGCAUAAAACAAGAGAGGUGAGGAGCAAAAAAGGGCGGAACGGGCAAAGCAGGCACUUGGUAAAAGCCAGCGAGAAGGCUGAAAGAAAACUUCAUGGUGGCAGCAGCAGCAGCAGCAGCAGCAAUGGAUCUAUCAAGCAACUGUGUAAGAGGGGCAAAAGGCCAUUUAAAGAAAUUGGAAGGAAAGACCCUGGGAACUAUGAGGGAAGAGAGCUAUAUUUUGAUAGCAGAAAUGAAAAGGAAUAUAAAGAAGAGCCCUUGUGGUAUACUGAGCCAAUAACAGAAUAUUUUGUUCCCAUGAGUAGGAAAAGUAAGCUUGAGACAACAUACCGCAGCAGGCAAGAUGUAUGCGAGAGAACAUCCGAGGCUGUAGAAGAAUUAGCUGAAUCAGUGCAAGGUCUUUGCAUUAGUAACAAUAAUAUUAAUAAAACAUACCUCGCGGCAGGUACUUUCAUCGAUGGCCAUUUUGUGGAAAUGCCUGCAGUUCUAAAUGAGGACGUUGGCCUCACUAGAACCUCAAUGUGUUCUCAACCAGAGGACGACACACACUCAGAUGGUGUUCAUCUGUCAGAACUAACACACUUCUAUGAAGUGGAUAUUGACCAAUCCAUGUUGGAUUCUGGUGCCUCAGGCAAGAUGCAAGGAGAGAGUCGGAUUUUGAAUAUGAUUCGGCAGAAAAGUAAAGAGGGGGCUAAUUUCGAGGCAGAAUGUUGCAUAGUGUUUGAUGGAAUGGAGUUGCAAGGGGAAAGUGCAAUAUGGGCGGAUUCAGCCACCUCUGUUGGUGCUGAAGGGUGGUUCUUGCAAGAUCUUAGUAACUUAGCUCAAUUUUGGGAGUGCUGUUCAUCUUCUAGCUCUGGUGAUGCAGACGGGGAGAGCUUUGGAGGAGAUUCUCCUGUUAGACUUUCCCCUCCCUUAGACAGCACAAUGCUUAAUUCACACAUGCUUGCAGGCAAUCAAGAGCUGUUUUCAGAUACUAAUGAAGGGUCUGGUUUAAAUUCUUUUUCAGUGUUUGAAGUGCAAUGCAGUAAUUCUGUCUUACCGUUUCCUUUUGAAAAACUUAGUUUGGGAAAUGAAAAUACAGAUUCUAGUAGCAAUGUUGGUAUGUUUGGGAAAACGCAGUCUAGAUUGUUAAUAUGGACCAAAAAUAGUGCCUUUGAUGAAAAUGAACACUGUUCUAAUCUAUCAACAAGAACUUGUAGUCCAUGGUCAUACUCCGAAGAAACACGUUCAGACAAUGAGAAUUUAAAUAUUCCAUUUGAAGAAUCCCCUCAGUUUAAUUCGGAUGAUGUUAAUUAUGUAGUUCCUAGAGUGUCUUCAAGUUACGUAGAUGAAGAAGUUAUAAAUUUUUUGCAAGAGGAAAACUGCCAGGAACAGGCUAGACCUUUAGGAGAAAUACCCACCUUAAUUUUUUCAAAAAAAUCCAAACUAGAAUCUGUUUGUGGAAUUCAGUUAGAACAAAAAUCUGAAGGCAAAGAAUAUGAACCUACACAAGUGUGUAGUGACAGCAGUCCACAUGAAGAUGACUAUGGCUCAGGGGUUAUUAAAGACAUUUGGACAAAUAUGACAGACAGAAAUUCUGCAGCAAUUGUGGAAAUAGAUGGCAUAGAAGAAGAAUUGUUUUCAGCUGAUGUAAAUCAUUACUGCUGCUGCUUAACUAGUGAAGCAAAGGAAGAAGUUCUCCAGGAUCUAAAUAAAGCCGUGCAGAGAUCGGAGUAUCAUCUUUGGGAAGGUCAGAAAGAGAACCUGGAGAAAAGAGCUUUUGCUUCAAACCAUGUAUCAAAAGUGGACUGUGGCGAUUAUACUACACCCUCUAAACCAUGGGACGUUAACCCAGAUAAAGAGAGUUCGUUUAUUCUUGGAGGAGUCUAUGGGGAGCUGAAAACGUUCAACAGUGAUGGUGAGUGGGCAGUGGUGCCACCCAGUCACCCAAAAGGCAACUUAUUGCAGUGUGCCGCUUCUGAUGUAGUUACAAUAGCUGGUACAGAUGUCUUCAUGACCCCAGGAAACAGCUUUGCCCCUGGCCACAGACAGUUAUGGAGACCAUUAGUAUCCUUUGAACAGAGCGAGCCAUUGAAGUGUGGCGAUCAUGGAUUAAAUAGGGGGUUUUCGUUUAUCUUCCAUGAAGACUUGUUAGAAGCUUGUGGUAAUUUUCAAGGCGAAGAGUCUGGUCUCGAAUAUUCAUUCUCUUCCUUUGACUUGAAUAAUCCAUUUUCACAAGUUCUUCAUGUAGAAUGUACAUUUGAACCAGAAGGAAUUGCAUCCUUCAGCCCUUGCUUUAAACCCAAAUCUAUCCUUUGCUCUGAUUCUGAUAGGGAAGUUUUUCAUCCUAGAAUAUGUGGUGCUGGGAGGACACAGUACAGAGCGAUACGGAUUUCUCCAAGAACUCACUUCCGCCCAAUUUCUGCAUCUGAACUUUCUCCAUGUGGUGGAAGCGAGUCUGACUUUGAAUCAGAGAAAGAUGAGGGGAAUAUUCCUGCCCCUCCUCAAGCUGAGGUAUUUGAUGAUACACAAGCAGAUCUCAAACCACUGGAAGAGGAUGCAGAAAAAGAGGGGCAUUAUUAUGGCAAGUCAGAGCUUGAGUCUGGGAAGUUCCUUCCUAGGUUAAAAAAGUGUGGAAUGGAAAAGAGUGCCCAGACAUCUCUGGAUUCCCAGGAAGAGUCAUCUGGAAUGUUGCUGUCAGAAAACGAGAAUUCUUGUUUGGAGUGCAGUAUGAACGAACUGCCAGACGGGAGGGCUGUGGAAAGUUCUCAAGUGAGUUGCAACAUUGUGGAGCCACAAGAAGAGGAAGACAAGUCUUGCAGUUGCAAAGAUGACUCGUACAAAGAUAACCUUGUUUCUUCAGCACCGCUAAAAGAGUUUCCUGGAUUGAAUAACGAUCUUCAGAAAAUAAGCUACAAUCAAGCAAAGCAGUGCUGGUGGGAGAAAGCUCUCUAUACCCCACUCUUCCCUUCACCACAGUAUGAAGAAUGCUGUACAAGUGUCAGGAAGGAGAAUGGCAUUGGAGAAUGUACAGAUAUAAAAGAAAUGCCGCCCAGCGAAGAACAUCUUUUAGAUAUUAAUAUGGUUUCUUCUGUUCAUGAAGCAAGAUGCGCAAAUCCUAGAAGCUGCGAAACAAAAUCAAAUGGCUUUAGGAAGAAACUCUACUCUAGUGACAGCUCCAGCUCAGAAGGCACAGCGUCAGAAGGGGGAAAUGGAUGGGCAGAUCCUUGUGAAGAGGAACUUUUCUCUCGAACUCACCUGUAAAACUGCAGAGUUAAAGCUGGUGGUUGAGAUUAGCCUGAGAUGAAAAACUCUCUUCCUGAGAACCUGUAACUUGAAAACCAAUUGAGUUUCCCCUUCAGUUAAUGGAUUCAGAAGUGUAUUUAUCUUUCUCUUCUUGGUAUUUUUAUUUUCAGUAGCUGGGAUCGCUGUCCCAUUGAAAGGCAUUUCUUUUCUUCCUCCAAACUUAGCUUCUUGGCUAUUUGGACCUAGAGUAGAUUGUGUUGUCCAAUCAAGAAUGGAUGUGCAUGUGAUUUGUCUUGGUAGUAUCACUGCUCUUUUGCAUUCUAGCUGCAGUUACUUUUAUUUUUAACUGUAGCCCUAUCAGUAUUACUAUCUUACUAGCAUUGCAGUGUCUACAACUAUUCAGAGAUUUUAAUCUUUUAGCAUAUUAGGCUUUGUUCUUUAAGAUUUGGGAGAUAAAUACUUAACACUGUAAUCUAUCAGUGCCUUUCUGAAUGUGGGAAGAAAGCGUGUGUGGUGUGUCCAGUUGUUAAGAUCUCAUAACUUUGGAGUAGGAAUACUAGGGCUGUGCUUUAGAGACUUUCAGAAACUGUGUUUUCUAUUCUAUGAUCUCUCUUCUUGACUCAGACAAACACAGUUGAAACUAUUGUUUGUUCCCUUCUUGCCAACUGAGGAAGUCAAGGAUUUUUGUAGGCAAGGGGAGAAAACACAAUUUUCCUCCCUUCCCACCCCACUUCCCCUCGUUUGUCUUUAUCUUUCAGGGCUCUGUGUUGUAAAGUAAAUAAUUAAAAGCAAGUGACACUUCAUUGACAGAUCCCUGACACACUUACUUUAGAGGAUGCCCUGUUGAUUCAGUGGGCUUUACUUGUAGCCAAGUGUGCCUCGGAUUGUGUCUUUAAACUCCCUAGGGAAAUGAAUGGGCUGUGGAUCUUGUCACAAGCUACAGAGAUUUGGUCUGAAUGAAGCCAUCUCAAAGUCUCCCUGUUCAACCUUUUAUAUGCAGAGAGUCCUUCAAAAUAAAUCUGGUGGAUCUCCUGCAGUCAGCUACUUGUGUGGCUCUGAUUUAGCAAAACUGGUAGCUACUUUUGUCUCCUGAGAGAAUGUUAGGAGUAAGUUGUGAGUUGUGGGUGGGAGUGGGGAACAUGAUGACUUACACGUGUGAUUGCAGUAGUGAUUGUUGCUUUAUGUGACCUGCUCUUAACAGUUUAUUUUAACAUAGUCGGUGCAUCUGUCAAGUUGUAACUGUGCAAGACUAUCAACUCCCUGUGCUACUAACGUAUUAUGCAAAUCAUAUGAGCCAGGAGGAGCAAUAUUGGUUUUUACCAUUUCAUAGUUUUAAAAAAUUGAUCUAUACAAUAGUAGCAUGUUUAAGACAUCAGAAAGUGCAGAAAGUUUACUGUUGACUUGAAAAUGCUAAGCCAUUAAUUUUGAGAGGCAAGAAACUCCUAACAAUUAUAUAGUUAUUUGAAAUGGUGAGCUAAACUGGCUUUGAAAUUAUAUUCUGUGCUAGUGAGCUAAACUGAAUUUGAGUUUUGUUGCCUUUUCUUAAUUGAUAGUACGUGAUUAAGAUCUCGGGUAUCAACCCCUUUGUAAGGUUGCAUGUAUCCUUUCUGUUAAAAUUCGACUCCAUUGGCCUGGUUUGUACUUUACAGGGAAAUGUUAUUAAUAGCUGCUUUUAAGCUACGUUAUUUUAGCAUUCAUUCAAUGAAUCUUUACAGUGUUUUUUUUUCUUAUUUGAGAUUCUGGAUAAGUUUUUAUAUAUUUACUUCUUCUGGAGCUUCCUUAAAAAAUGUUGUAUAGCACAUGCACUGAGAAUAUUGUCUGUUGACAUGAAAGCAAAAAGAACGAAACCAGUAAAAUUCUAAUGAUUAACUUGAGUGUCAUUAUUAGAAUAAGGAAUGACCAAAUGGGAAUAUUGAGGGGGAGGGGGAACCACACCUUUUUAACUCAGCUUAUUUAGGAUAGAGAUCUCAGUGAAAGGGUGAUUGUUGAUGUUGGUUACCUUAUGAUUUAAUAUUUUAACACCUUCGAAAAUUUACAUGUUACGUGUGGGCAAUAACAAAUAAUAUUUAUUUGUUUUCAUAAUUGAAUGGGGAAAAAUUCUGAAGCUUUCCAGUGAGAAGGUUGGUGUGUGAGUUUGUGUUUUUUUUUUUUUGCAAGGAUAAUUUAAAAGUGGAGAUGCUGAAAUGCACUGUGGUAUGAAGCGCAUAUCCAUAGCACUGAAGUAUCAGUUUUUCAUUCCUGGGCUGAAUUUGUUUCUACUUUUUUGCUUCAAGUGCUUGUAUUGUUCUGAUUUCACAUACACAAGAGUAACUGAAUUUGUUUUUUGUGGAGUUACUUAACACCAAAUAAAAGAUAAAAGGACAGUU